UCCAGAUGCAAAGACAGCCGCUCUGAACAGCCUCGUGGAACGUUCAGCGAUUGGCCAGAACGCUAAUGAGCCGCGCUCACGAGGAACGCGAUUGGACCGCUGGCGCGUCAAUCAAGGCGAAGUCUCCUCCCCUUUCAGCAGGGUCGGGUGCGCGCGGAGCAAGCCCACCCCGAACACCUCCAGCUGCCCAAACAGAAGACGCAGGAGGAGUAGAGGGCUCGGACAUGGGGAGAAAUCAGCACUGGCCCGUCUGAUAGAGAUCGGUGUUUUUUAUUUAUUAGAAAAAAGAAAAAAAAAAAAACCGAGAGGCCUUAGAAAAAAAAAAUAAUAAGGAGAGAAAACCCAUCCCUGGCACAAAGCUGGACAUAAAUCAAUGGACUGAAUGAAGACUGCCUAUACCGCCUAUCGAUGCCUGGCCAAGGAUUUGGAUGCGUACGCCAUGAACCCAGAGAUGACAAUGGACAUUGGCAACCUACACGCUGGACUAAGCCAUGAGCAGGACUUGAUGAGCAGCCACAGCCCCCAUCACAACCGCAACCCGGGGGCUUCGUUACGGAUACACCAGGAUCUGAGCGUGGCGCCGUCGCGCUCCGCGAUGGUGUCCAGUAUGGCAUCGAUUCUGGACGGCGGCGGUGGUGGCGGCGGCGGCGCGGGAGGAGAGUACCGUCCGGAGCUGUCUCUGCCGCUCCAUCACGCCAUGAGCAUGCCGUGCGACACCUCCCCGCCCGGGAUGAGCGGAACGUACACCACGCUGACCCCGCUGCAGCCCCUGCCGCCCAUCUCCACCGUGUCCGACAAAUUCCACCAUCCGCACCACCACCACCAUCACCACCACCACCAGCGUCUCUCUGGGAACGUGAGCGGCAGCUUCACUCUCAUGCGGGACGAGAGGACUCUACCAGCCAUGAACAACCUCUACAGCCCCUACCACAAAGACAUGAGCGGGAUGGGGCAGAGUUUGUCCCCUCUGGGCAACGGCCUGGGCUCGAUCCACAACGCGCAGCCCGCGCUCCACAACUACGGCGCGCACGGCCACGACAAGAUGCUGAGCUCCAACUUUGACGCGCACACUGCCAUGCUGGCCAGAGGGGACCAGCACCUCUCCAGAGGCCUCGGUGGCCCCGCGGCUGGGAUGAUGCCGCAUCUCAACGGGAUGCACGGGUGCCACCCUCAAUCCCACGGGCCCGUGUUGGCUUCCAACCGGGACAGACCGCUCUCCUCCUCCUCCUCCUCCGGAGCGCCGGGCUCGGGCUCGGGUCAGCUGGAAGAGAUCAACACGAAGGAAGUGGCGCAGCGAAUCACGGCCGAGCUCAAGCGCUACAGCAUCCCGCAAGCCAUCUUCGCGCAGCGGGUGCUGUGCCGCUCGCAGGGCACCCUGUCCGACCUGCUGCGGAACCCCAAACCCUGGAGUAAACUCAAGUCCGGCCGCGAGACGUUCCGCCGCAUGUGGAAGUGGUUACAGGAGCCCGAGUUUCAGAGGAUGUCGGCCCUUCGGCUUGCAGCGUGCAAAAGAAAAGAGCAGGACCCGAGCAAAGACAGGAGCAAUACACCAAAGAAAUCGCGGCUGGUUUUCACGGACCUGCAGCGAAGAACACUUCUGGCCAUUUUUAAAGAGAACAAGCGUCCAUCCAAAGAAAUGCAGCUGACCAUCUCGCAGCAGCUGGGACUGGAACUGAACACUGUAAGCAACUUCUUCAUGAAUGCCCGGAGACGCAGCCUGGACAAAUGGCUGGACGAGGGAAGUCCGGGCAACACGUCGUCCACCUCCAGCACUUGUACCAAAGCGUGAUCCCGGAGGGAGGGAGGGAGGGGGGUGGGAAUGCGGGACGAUGGAUGAGGGUCCCUGCACCGGGGAGGGUGCAAACUUUUUAAGAGGAGAAAAUCGUUCCGAGGGGCAAUGAAGGGAGAGAGACUGCUUACCGGCUCACUGCUUACAGUCAGAGAAACACACAAAUCCAAAGAGCGAAACGUCAGGAAAAAACACUGCUUGCUUUCUCUUCUCCGGUCCGAAGCAAGAAUCAUUCAUCAGGAAUGAAAAAUUAAAGCAAAUCCAAACAUUGUUAACUUUCCAGUUGGCUUUGAACUGAAGAGAAGACAAAGGGUUUGCAUCAUUUCUCAUCUGCAUUCACUCUAAAUUAGCUUUGAUUUUCAUUUCCUGGAGUGUGUGUGUGUGUGUGUGUGUGUCGAGAUGUUUUAAACUAUAAGGGUGAAUCUCAUAAACACGUGUCGAGGUCACAUGUAAUUAAAUGCAAAUUUUUUGUCUUAUUUUCCAGAACAAAUAUCUAAACAUUCUUAAAUCAAGAUAAAACAAGACAAAAUAUCUGCCAAUGCAGUCAGAAAAAAAAAUGAAUUCGAAGAAUUAUUUCAAAUAUAAUUAUAAUGAUAAAAUUCACAUAUAUAUAUAGUGAAAUAUGACAGAUUUUUUGUGAGAUUCACCCCUAACAGCACAGGUUUAAGUUGGUAUUGGGUUUUUCUAACACACUGAACCUGGUUUCACCUAGAAAAACGCCUGUCAGAAGCACAAAGCACAACAAACAUGAAGGACACACAGAUCUCUCACACCGUUAUUGGCCGGCUGGGUUUGUGAGCACAAUCCUGAAGCACAUUAAAUUUGCAAUAGAACAGGGGCUGGACCACACCGAUUGUUCUUCUUUGGUUUAAAAAUAACUCAGGAUGAUACAGCCGAAGAAUGAGCUUCUGUCUCUCAAACACACUUAAUGAAAUGACAAACACACACACACAUCAGCUUCAUGUUAUCACGACUGUAACCGUAUUAUGCUAAGAAACCAAACUGGCAUUGGUGAUCAGGGCCUUUACAAGAGUUUAAGAGGACAAUCUCCACACCAACGCCUACCAGUUUAGCUUUCCAAAGGUUCUGUCCAUUUCUCUUCUCUCUUUCUCUCUCAAAGCCUCUUCACUUUACUGAGCUCUUUCAUAUACUCAUCUCAAAUUCCAUCACUCAUGCUCAUUUAUUAUUGAACCGAGAGCCGGUAAGCAGUUCUCUCCUGGGUUACGCUUGAGGGCCUCUUCGGAUCGCUCAAAACGGACACUAAAGACUUUUUCUAUUUAUUGACAAAUCGACACCAAAGAAACUUUUUCUGCACCUAACUGUUCUGCAAACAAAGGACAACAAAGGAAAAAAACAACCAAAAAAAAAAAAAAAAAAAACUGCAACAAAGAUGACAAAGCGAGGAACGCCGAGCCGGCGUCUUUGUUGUGUUCGGAUCGGUGGAGACAUUGGAAAACAGGAAGCAGAAUGGGAUUGGAAGGGUUUUAAUGCGACGGAGCUCUUCCCACGGCAUCGGCGGCUCCCGCAGGCAGAAUAAUGCGUCUCUCAAACGAAGUUGAAGAUUGUCUUUAAUGUGUGCCUAUGCAGUUUUUUCAACCCAAAUGGAAAGAACAACAAGAACCUCAUCAGCUACAAUACCAAAGAUUCAGAGUUACUCCCGCCGCAAUCCCAUUCCCACAAUGCAUCGGUGCGGCGUUGCCUCUCUCCAAACAUGGGACGUCUAGGAUUCGGCUCUGCUUUGGUUGUUUUCCCCGUAGUCGCAUCCGUCUCAGCUAAAACUAAAGGUGUAACUCAGCCUGAUGGGCAUACCAAAGAUAAACACCUUUAAGCACAUGCAAUCCCAAGUAGUUUUGUUUUCAUAUCCCAACAGAUCAGUAUACCAAAGAGUUGCAAAUCUUCCAGCCAUUGUUGAACGCAUAUGCACGUUGUUUCCCAGCGCCGAAUCCCACGUUUCCCAUGUUUGAGAGAGCCGUUGGCGUUAUUGCAAGGCACCAAUGCAGCUGGUACAGAAUCCAUUAUAUUCCAACUGAAAAGCCAAUAAUCUGCCAAAAACGCUCACUUAAUUCUGUAGAGAGGAAACUGCAGACUGUAGGUCGAAUAGCUUUAUCCUUUAGGUUUCUCUCUUUAAAAGCUUCUAGUCCAAAGAUUCUCCAACGCCAUUUGGUUGGAGCUCCAUCUGCUCUUCGCGACAGUCAGGUCUUUAGGAACAUGGGCCAAAGAGCUUUUCUUUGCUUGUUUUAGUACUUAAAUUUUGCCAAUGCCUCUGUACAAUGUCUUACCCAGGUUUUGCAAUAUGUGAUUUAUUUAUGUAAUUUAUAUUUGCUAUGAUUGAACUUAAUUUAAGUUGCCAAAACCCCUCCCCCUUUAUCCUGAUUAGCUUGCCAAAGUUUACAUUUACUUCUUUUGCAUGUUGGACACCAUCAGACUUAUUUAUUUAUGACUAAAUGUGCUAGAAGGUUGUUGUUAUUAUUUUUUUCUUUUUCUUUUAAUCUUAAUUAUUUAAUGUUAUUUAAUUAGACGUAAUUGUUUGGAUGACUAUUAGUGCAUCAAAGAUGCAGUGAUUCUCUGUUAAUUUAUUAGUUAGCUUUACUUUAAAAAGCAAAAUGAAGGGUGUAUUUAAUUUUUCCUUAGAAAGAAUAAUUUUGGAAACGUGUUAGCGAUCAGGUUUUAGUUGCAAUUCACAUGUUUGUAUGUUUGUAUGUAUGUCAAGAUUUUAUGUAAAUCGUUUAGGUCCUUUUGUUGAUUUUCUUUCGAAUGAAAACAAUCUCGAUGUUAGCGUUCUGUCGAAGGACGAGCGCCGAAUUUCAAGCCUGAUGUUUUCGAGGUCGUAUACGGGGCCACACGUUAACGGAGAUCAACGCAGGACUCACCAAAGAUAAAACCCACGGACGCUGAGAGGCCGUUUAUUCAUUGCUUCACUCGUAGAAGGACAUAGAGGAAAAUCCCUUAAAAACUAGAAAAAGCUGCUUCCAAGACUGACUUGUGUGUGUGUAUAAAAGUCUUUCUAUCUCUAUAGUGAGAACCACAGAGGCUACCUCACUGAAUUUUCCAUUUGUAAUUUUAAUCGUGUUGAUGAAACCAAAGAUACCAAAGAUUUCUUUUUCUCGAGGACGGUCUGCGCUUGACGCCAUGCUUGGGAUAUUUUGAUAAUGCCACUCUCUCUUUCCACUCUUUUUUCUCUUCUUCCUCUUUCAGACACGAGUUCCUCCUUCUCCUCGGAAAAAUAAGUGCAAUGGAGCGGAUGGGACUCGAUGUCGAGCUGUAGUUUUUAGCGCUGUGCGGUUCUGAUCGUCCGUUACCGGUCAGAAUGUAAAAGACCUCGAUGCAAAAACCAAAUACUCCAAAAACUAAGAUCUGUUUGGCACAGAAACAUUAACAUCGUGUUUUCUAAUCAAACGCAAUCCACAUAAUGGGACAUAAUAUUGAAAUUGAUGGAAAUUCGUAUGUAUUUUACGAGGUAGCUAAAUCGUACGAAUUCGUGCGAUCUCACUCGUACAAAUUCGUACGUUUUUUUGCAAAAUCGUACGUAUUUUACGAGUUGCCAAUUUCGUAUGAAUUCGUACGAAUUACCUACCGCUAACCUCACCCUUAAACCUACCCAUCACUGGGUUUUAGACAAAUUAGGUCGUGAGAUAGCAUUGUAAUGUUCAGAUAUUUAAAAUUAUGAUGGUUUGUUUUAGUCAAUGCAGCUCUCGGUGCAGUAUUUUCAAUCAUAUGCUGCAUUCCAUUUAUUUUCGAAAAACACUGAAAAGUACAAUUUCAAAAAAAAUUCCCUCAACAAACUUAGUAAAUUUUGAAAAUAAUUAUGGCAACACAUUAAAUUAAACAUGAAUUUUGAAGUCGAAAGACUGAAAUAGCUAGUAUUUUCUUGUAAACAUAGUACAAUAAUCUUGGAAAACUGCAAUAAAAUGCCACUUUUGCAAAUAAUUAUAAUAAUUAUGGCAACACAUUGAAUUAAACAUGAAUUUUUGAAGUCGAAAGACUGAAAUAGCAUUUUCUUGUAAAACGUACAAAAAUAAUCUUUUUUUUACAACUUUGAAAACAUUUUUUUUUUUUUUACAGUGUACCUACUUGGAAAUGUGCAAUAAAAUGCCACUUCAUACUUAGAAACUUGUACAACUGCACUGCAAAAAUUAUUUUCUUCAUCAGCAUUUUUGUCCUGUUUUCUUAUACAAAUAUCGAAUUCAUAAAUCAAGAUACAUUUACUUGAGAAGCAAAUGACUUCAAAUAUCUGCUAAUGGCGUCAGAAAAAUAAACGAUGCAAAGGGAAAACAAGAUUAUUUUUCUGACUCCAUUGGCAGAUAUUUGUUCUUGUUUUAAGCUUAAACUCACUUGUUUAGAUAUUUGUACUGGAAAUCAAGACAAAACACUGAGGAAGAAUUUUUUUUUUUUUUUGUAGUGUAGUCAGCAGGCUACCGUUAAGAUGAACCUGAUAGACAUACACAUGUAAGCAAAUAAAAUACAUCAAUUCGUUCUUACACCACAUGUUGAUGAAACCGGUUUGGCAAACCUUAUUAAGAAGAAAUAUUCCACUGUUUAAGCCAGUUAAAAUAAACUUUCUCAAAAGAUCUAAAUCCAUUCUGUUAAAAACAACGUUGGUGUUUCUGUGCACGACAAACUCCAAAACCAAAGACCAACGAAUCAUCUCGUACCAGACCGAAGAGAAUGAUAGGGACGACUUUUAGGAAAACACGGCUGUUGUCGGCAGCUAAAGACACAGAUGGGAUCGUAUUGAUCCGUUCUGCUGCAGGUCGUACAUCAUUCCGUCCUGUUGGAAAAGUAACACAUUUAGGUUACUUGUGAAAAACUAGAAUCUGUUAACAGGGACACGAGCGUGUCACGUAUUGAUCGGCCGGUCAUUAGGUCAAUAUUCUUAGCAGUGAUUCUGUAUUUAUGAUGUGGAAGAAAUCUGAUCCCUCCUCAGUUUGUCUUGUUUUCCUACGAAUAUCUAAACAAUCUUACUUGAGAAGCAAAACUACUUUUUUUUUUUUUUAAUUAAUCGAUGCCCCUGAUGGAGAAAAAAAAAAAUGAGAUGGGAGGAAAAAUUAUAUUUCAAUGCUUUUGCAUUCUCUCGCAAAUGUUUAGCGUUCCCCGAGAAACGUUGCGUUCGCUCGCAAAUCUUUUGGGAGAACGAAUGCAAAGUUUCUCGGUUAAACGCAAAACUUCUGCAAGAGAAUGCGUCAGAAAAAUAAUCUAGUUUUCCCUUUAAAUUAAGGUUAUAUUUCUGACUCCAUUGGCAGAUAUUGCUUCUCCAGUAAAUGUAGGUUAUCUUGAUUUAAGAUAGAUAUUUGUACUGAAAAACAAGACAAAAGUACUGAAGAAGAACAUAAUUUGGUUACACUUUAUUUCAAUGGUAAGAGGCCGAAAAUAAAGUGUUACCAAUCAUUUUUUUUCAGUGUGCAUUGAUUAAACCAAAACAGAUUCUCUCCAAAGUCAUAUUUAAACAUUUAGAGCGCUUUUGUUGUAAAGUAUGAGAUAUUGUUGGAUGAGUGCCUUGCUUGAACCAAAGCGAAGUUUCGACCUCUCUGUUUCUUCUUCUGUUAGUACCUCAGCGACAGGAAAAACCCGGCAAACGCGGGUGUUAUGGUGCUUUGCAAUGCAAUCCUGCAAAGAACAAAGACUAACUAUACCAAAGGCUUUCUAUACUUCUGUUCUCUCUCCUCUUUCCUCUCCUUUGAAUGGUUGCAAAGCUUUAAAAAGAAAAAAGAAAAAACCCCGGAGCAUGUCGAGGGCGCAGACCGUGCUUUUCUUACCAAAUUUUUCUCGGAUAUACCUCAUAGAAGAUAGUGUUAGGGUAUUGUUAUUAUAGCGUAUGUAUUAAAUUAUUCACUUACUCUUAUUUUUUAGUAACUGUGACUUAAGACAAACCAAGAAAAAAAGCUUUAUACAUCUUAAGUUGUGAUUUUUGUAAUAGCUGAGGUUCGCUUACCAAAAACACAAUGCUUGUCUUUUUCUCUCUUGUUAAUGUGACAACUUUCACAAUUUCUUUGUGGUGCAAGUUUUACGAAAUUCUGAUUUUAUUUUUUUGUGAAGGGUGGCUCAUAUUCUCAACAAGGAUAUUAUUUUUGGAUUUGGAAAGGUUGGUUGCUAGAAUGAGCCUCGAGUUUACAGUUUUCAUACGCUUCUGUUGUACAGUCCGCUUCGAUUUCAUUUACAACAUCCAUUUCUCUUUCAAUUCUUUUCUCGUUCUGUGUGGAAAUGUAGCAUUACAGCCGUCAUUCAAUGCCGUAGCCUUGAUUUAUGCAUGAGUAUCUUUACGGUUCUAGCUAGCGUGUAAUGCAUUGUCGUUAAAUAGCUUUUAAGUUCUGGAUCCGUCUCAUUUUCAUUUUUUUUUAAACUGAGCCUCAUUUUUUGCAUGUUGGCCUGAUCUAAUUCUUGAAGAGUUCAUCUCAGAUGUGUAUAGAAACAUCGUGCACUUGAUCAGUUCGGUUUUCGAUCGCACCGUGAAAAUAAGUGAAUCAGAUUUACCCUGGUAAACAAACUGAUCGCUUUCCAUUUGAACGAAUCUUUCUGAUCAAGUGUAGCGUGACUGUUAAUCUUCCAUUAUCUCAGAAACAGAAACCCAUCAGCUGUAUCCCAUGUGUGUUUGGACUAAAUUUUGACUCGCAAAUUGUCAGAUAAGAGUUAUCGGUCUGUACUGAAUCAUUCUGCUCUAGAUGUGUCUACCAAUCCUGUCCAAAAAUACAACAGCUAAACAUCCUCAAAUACAGGAUGAAAUGUACCAGACAAUCUUCUAAUAAAGUAAAACACUUCACUCUUUUGAGAACGAAAGUCCACACAGACGUUGCAGGAGAUAAAGUGAGUUUUGACGUCUUGUGUUUUCAAAUGAAGGAAAUUCCAAAGAUCGCGUAUAACUGGAUGUAACGCUUGAACCGACCGAGGGAUAUUAUGGACUGUAUUCCAAAGAUCUGCUUUGAAAAUGGAUUGGAAACGGAUUCUUUUCUUUUUCAGUUUCAUCAUUUGACAUUUUGUUCAUUUGUUGAUUUGUUAAAUCAUUAUAUUCAUGUAAAAAAAUGGAUUUUUGUUGUUGGAAUCACAAGAGAAAAUUGAUCAAAUUUUAGUUUUGCAUUCAUGAUCAACGUCUUUGAAACAUUCAAAGUACAUGUUCUUCCACAAAAUGUUUGACCCAUAAAUAAAGAGAACAAGUGAUUUUAUUCCGAAA